AUGGAAUAUUCAACACAUGUAUUUAUUCAACAAUCACCAAUUACCGAACAAAAUUUUGAAUCGAAACUUCAAGAUAUAUCAGAUCAAAUAACAACCAAUGGUUGUACAUGUUCAAAUGUAUUUGCUCCAUUUACAAAUCUUGCUGUACAACAAGCAGUAGUUUCAUCAAGACAUAUCGCAUUUUUACUUCAAGAUGGUCGAAUUUGUCGAGUACCAUUUCGUAUACAAGCUGAUAAAAUUGAAUUAAAUUCAACAGAUACAACAAAACCAAAGGUUAAACAAGCACCUUCUCAAAUAACUCGUUCACAAUCACGUCAAUUAAUUCAUCGUAUAAAUAAUUUUGAUCGACCAACAUUUGAAAAUCUUGUUUUAUCAUCAUCAUCAUCAUCUAUAGCUCCUGUAACGAGUACAAAUGGACAAAUUGAUUUAUUACCACAAUUACAAGCUGGUUAUUCAUUAAAUCGACGACAUCAUUUAAUUCGUACACCACGUGGACGAACUGGAAUUAUAUUUGGUUCACGACCAUUAAUUCCAGCAUCAAGUGUACCUGAAGAAUUAAUUGAACAAGUUCAAGUUGUUCUUCAAGGAAAAUCACGAAAUAUUAUUUUACGAGAAUUACAAAGAACAAAUUUAGAUGUUAAUUUGGCUGUAAAUAAUUUACUUGCACGUGAUAAUGAAGGUGAUGAAGAUUUUGAUGAUGAUUAUGUUGGAGCUGAUCUAAUUUCAUUACUUGAUGUUAAUUCACAUAAUGAACAUCCGGGAAUUAUACUUGAAUCUGAAUUUUUUGAUGAUUCUGAUUUUGCUUUACGAUAUAGUAAUAUUCAACGUAGAGUUGUUUCAGCAAGAAUCGCUAGUAAUGUAAAUAAUCCUUCAUCUUCAUCGACAAUAAAUUCUAAUGUUAGUGAACAAUCAUCAACAACUACAAAUCCUUCAACUGUUGUUACAUCUUCAACAACAUCUAGUGAUCGUGAUCGUAAACGAAAUCGUUAUGAUCCACGUUGGCUUGAUGGUUCUUUACGUGAAGAACUUUUCGGUCGUAUCGAUCGUGAAUUAAAACCCGAUGAUUUAUCUUUAGUUAAAGAUUCAAAUACAAAAACAAAUACAUCUAGUCGAAAAGAUCAAUCUCAACAACAUUAUUAUCAACAUCAAAAUUCUGCACCAGGAUCAAUUCCAACAACAAAUGUAACAUCAUCACAAAAUCCAAUUAUAUUUGGUGAACAAUUACAAUUUUGGACUGAUUCAAAUUCUGAUAAUAUUUAUCCACGUUUUACACAUAUAGCAUGUCUUUAUUCAGAAUUAAUUGCUAUAAAUACAAAUGGACAAUUAUGUCAAUGGAAUUGGCAUGAUGAUUAUCCAUAUCAAGAUUAUGAUAAUAUACAAAUAAAACAUCCAAAAACAUUAAUAUUACAAUUAUUUAAUGAAAAACUUAUAAAUAUAUCUGCUAAUAUUAUUCGUGCAUCAAUAUUAACAGAAACAAAUCGUAUAGCAACAUGGAUUGAUGAAUCAUUAGGUACACAAGUUAAUCUUAAAUAUCAACAUUCAUUACAAGAUUUUUCAUCAAUACAUAUUAUUGAUAUACAAACAUCACCAUUAUAUACAAUAUUUCGUACAGAUACAAAUGAUUUAUAUUGGUAUGGUUUAUUACCAUAUAAACCACGUAAAAAAUUACUUGAACGUUUAAAAGAUAAAACACGUCAUAAAAAUCGUACAAAUACACAACAACAACAACAACAAAUUAUAACAGUUGGUUGUUCAGUUUGUUUAAUAUCAAAUCCAUAUUAUAAUCAAGGUGCUUGGGCUUUUUAUAUACAUGAUGGACAACCAAAAUUAGGACAAUUAAUGGAACAAGCAUGGAUAUUAUCAAAUACAGCACGUUUUCGUAUAAAAACAUUUGAUUUAAUAACAAAUAAAAUACAAAAAAAUGAUAAUGAUGAUAAAAGUUCAUUAGAAAUGCCACCACCACCAUCACCAGCAUCAUCAACAUGUAGUGUUGAUUCAAAUACAAGUUUUGCAUCAUCAUUAAAACGUAAAAAACAACAUAAUACAAAUUCAACAACAGGAACAAAUCUAUUUUUAACAACAAUUAAUGAUAAUAAUGAAUCAAAUGAACAACAACAACAACAACAACACAGUAAAAUUAAAGAUGAAGAAUAUUGGCCAUUAGAUGAAGUCAUUUUUAUUGAAGAUUGUCGUGUUGCACCUAUUGGAAAAGUGAUGAAAAUUGAUGGUCCACUUGUACUUGUAAAAUUUCCAUCAAAAAAUAAUGAUAUUAAUGAUACAAAUAUUGAUGCUAAUAAUCUUGAAAAUUGUCGAAUUUUACGAAAAGAUGAUCUUCUAGUCGUUAAAGGUAAUCAAGUUCCAAAAACUCCAGAUUGUACAUUAUCACUUUCGAAUGCAAAACGAAUAUCAUUAGAAUAUGGAACAUUAUUAACAUAUUCAGUUGAUAAAGAUUAUCUUCAUACAUUACAAUUACGUGAUACAACUAUAUCCUAUAUUAUGUAUGAAGUUGGAAGUAAUAAUGGUUUAUGUCGUUCAAUACGACAAAAUAAUUUACCAUUAAUUAAUAAUCGUCAAUCAUUAUUAUCAUUUAUUGGUGAAAAUAAAAAUUUAAUAAAUUUAUAUACAUUAAAUUCUAUUGAUAUACCACGUAUAUUAAUUGAUAGUAAUCAUUUAAUUUAUCCAUUAAUUUAUAAUCAAGAUAAUACAAAUAUAAAAGAUCCACAAUGGAAAAAUUUAUUACCAAUAAAUUAUUAUUCACAAGGAAUAAUUCCAUUAAAAACUAAUGAACAUACAAAUAAAAAUCAUAUUAUAUUAAAUAUAAUGCAAAUACAAAAAGGUAUUUUAAUACCACAUAUAUUACGUUAUGAUAUUGAUAAAAUACGUUUAAUAUUAAAUGAUAUUGAAAUAAAUAAAAAUUAUAAUUUAUUAAAAUUAAUCUUAGAUGAACGUAUAGAUGGUUAUAGAAAUUUAUUUCAUGCUUGUGUUCAUAUUGCAAUACCAAUAACAAAUAAAGAAUAUUUAAUUAAUGAUGAACAAAUUCAAAAUGAAUCAAAUAAUAAUCUUAAACGUAUUUCAUUUGCUAUUGAUUUUCUUCAUUCACAAACAAAUACAGAUCAUAAUGAAGCAACUACAACACGAAUAAAUAAUUCAUCAACUGAACAGUCUAUUAAUACAUGGCCACCACCGCCACCAUCAUCAAAUGAAUCUUCAGUUUCUGCAGAUGCACAAUCAUUAUCAUCUCCAAUUAUGCCACCUGAAUCAGCAUCAAAUUUUUAUAGAAGUUUAUCAAAUGGUACAACAACAACAACAAAUGCUGGUUCAUUAUCUCCAUCAUAUACAUCAACAACAUUAUCAUCAAAAAUUCAAUAUCUUCAAAAUCAAGUUAUUCAACAACAACAAACAAAUCAUUCAAAUGGUUCUAUACUUAAUACAACAUCAACAACACGUUCAAUACGUUCAAAUUCAAAUGAUUUUACUGUAUGGUCAUCAUGUAAAUAUGAUGAACGUGAAAAACGUUUACGUGCAAUAAAAAUUCUUCGUCUUCUUCUUGAUUAUCCAUUAUUUCAAGAACAUCUUUUAUCAUUACUUAGUUUUCAAAAUUUUGAAGGACAAACACCUUUUAUGUAUGCUAUUAAUUCACGUGCUUAUCAUAGUGCAUUAAUUUUAUUUGAAUAUGCUAUGAAAAUAGCUAAACAUGAAACAUCAUAUGAACAAUCAUCAUCUGUACAAUUUUUUCUUGAAUCAUCAACAUUUGAAAAUAUAAAAAUAUCAUAUCAAAAUAUAUUACUUCGUAUGAUUUAUCCAUUAACAACAAAUAAUUCUGAUUAUUCACCAUUAUAUACAAUAUGUACAAAUGAUACAUGUUCAUUUACAUGGACAGGUGAAGAACAUAUAAGUCAAGCUAUAUUUGAAUGUAAAACAUGUGGUUUAUCAGGUACAUUAUGUUGUUGUAGUGAAUGUGCACAAACAUGUCAUAAAGGACAUGAUUGUCGUUUAAAACGUACAUCACCAACAGCAUAUUGUGAUUGUUGGGAAUUAUGUAAAUGUAAAUCAUUAAUAGCUGGUGAUCAACAAAAACGUUUUGAAUUAUUUAAAUUAUUAUUAAAUGAAACAAAUCUUAUUGAAAUAAAAAAUUCACGUUAUGAAAAUUUAUUAUUAUUUCUUGUACAAACAGUUGGUAGACAAAUUAUUGAACAACAACAAUUUGUUCGAACAUCAACAACUUCUUUAUUACAACAACAAGCAAGAAAAACACGUGAACAAUUAUUAAAUAAUACAUCAAUUAUAACUGGUUUAAAUCCAUUAGUAAAAAAAUUACAAAAUCAAAUAUCAUCAUCAGGAAUAACAAAUACAAAUAAUACAUCGAAUUCUAUUGAUUUAGAAUCAAAUGUUCAAAUUAAUAAUAUGCCUGAUCAUCAUUUAGAACCAUUACAAUUUUGUCGUCGUGCUCUUGAAUUAAUUCUAACUGAUUGGUCAAGUGUUAAAUCAAUGUUAUUAUGUGGUUGUUCUGAUGAUUUUGAUCCAACUAUAAUAUUAAAAACUAAACAUACAUCUUCUCUUGGAUUAACAUGUCCACCUAUAAUGUCAACAUAUAAUAAUAAUGAUAAUAUAUUUUCUUUAGAUGAACAACAACAAACAAGUCAAUUAGAUCGUUUUACAUAUUUUCUUAUUGUUAAAUGUAAUACAAUUAAACAAACAAAUUCAACAUCAAAAAUUUCAAAUAAUAAUGAUCUUCUUGAUUUAUUAUUAAAUACAUUAUUACGUGAAUUAUCAAAUCCAACAAAUUAUGAUAUAGCUCAUUAUGUAUCAGCACGUUUUGUACGUAGUAUUAUUCGUUUAUUUAUUAUAUUAAGUCUUCAAAUACCAUCUGAUAAAAUUUCUACAACAACAACAACAAAUUCAACAAUAAAACGUACUAUAACAAAUACAAAUUUAUCUUCAUCAUCAACAUUAACAAUAUCACAAUUAAUACUUGUACAAUGUAAACGUGUUUUUCAAACAUUAACAUUAAUAUCUGUUCAUGCACUUGUACAAAUGUCUGAUUUAUUACUUUCACCUGUUCGUCAUGGUAUUACUAAACCAAUAGCUAUAUUUAAUCUUUUAUCAACACAAACAGAUAUAUUACAAAGUCUUGAUGAUAUAUUUAAUAUUGAUUCCGAAUAUUAUCGUGCAUAUCAACGUUAUCCAAAUAAUAUAAAUGAAAUUAAUAAUGAUAAUACAAAUAUUGAUUUAAUAGGAGAUAAUGAUGAUGAUGAUAAUGAUGAUGAUAAUAAUAAUAAUAAUAAUAAUUUUGAUCAUGAAUCUCAACAUGAAAUAAUUAAUCCAAUUAAUAAUUUAAAUGUAACAACAGCAACAUUACAUGAAAAUCUUACAUCAAAUUUAAGUGAUAAUGAAAGUGAAAUGGAAUUAGAAUUACUUGCAGAAUCUGAUACAGAUAAUGAAAGUAAUCAUAGUGCAUUAAAUACAAAUACACAUAGAACAUCAGCAACAGCUGGAAGUGAACAUAUGACAUUAUUUUCUGAUGAUGAUAAUUCAGAAUCUGAUGAUGCUGAUAGUGUUAGAAGUGAUAGUGUUUUAGGUGAAGGUGAUGAAACAAGUCAACAUGAACCAAUGAUAUUUGAUGAUACAAGAGAUACUUUACCUAUUACAACAACAACAACAACGACAGCAACAACAACAAAUGAUCGAUUACCUUCUGUAUCAUCAACAAAUAAUAAUUCAACAGGAUCAAAUACACAAACAGUUAAUUCAACAACUAGUCAUUUGAAUAUACCACGAUUAACAAAUAGAACAGCAAUUACUGGUUCAAUAUUUGGUGAUAAUCCUUCUCGACGUCAAACAACUCCGAUAACAACUACUACAUCAAAUAUAAAUCAACCAACAUCUUCUCAACAAACAUCUCAAUCAUCACAACAACAACAAACAAAUAAUAUAUCAAUUAAUAUAACUAAUUCAUUAUUAGCAAGAGCUUUUGGUAUUCUUAUUCGACAAAUAACUGAUUUACUUGUUCGAUGGCCAUCAACUUUAUCUGCUUCAUCUCUAUAUCAUGAUGUUUUAACAACAUCAACUACAAUCGAUGAACAAAAUACUUUUGAUAAUAUACAAAAAGAAAUUGAACAAUGUUUAUUACCAAGUUGGCAAUGGUUUGCAACAGUAAUGGAUUCAUUUGAAUCCCAAAUACGUUUUGGUAUGACAUUAAGUAAUUUAGUUCAUAAUGAACAUGAUACAACAUUUCAUGGUAAUCGUUUUCUUAAAAAUCUUAUUGAACGUACACAAAUUGAAACAAAGAAAAAAUCAACAACAAAUCGAACAAAUAAUCUACCAACAAAUGAUAAACCAAUAAAUAAUCGUCUUGAUUUUCUUAAUUAUUCAUUAUCAUUAAUGCGUUCAAUACAUGAACAUGGUGAUCAAGAACCAUUAAUUGAUGUAUUAUCAUAUAAACAUCUUGCUUAUUUACUUGAUGGUUUUAUAUAUUAUUUUCGUGAAAAUGGUUUAAAUGAAAUAAAUCAAUCAACAAUAAAACCAUAUCGAAAAGAAAAUACAAAUGAAAAUAUUAAUGAUAUUAAUCGUAUAACAUCAAAUGAUUCAUUUUUUCAUCGUUCAUCAUCAACAUUAUGUCUUAGUUCAUUAGGACCUGAUCCAUUUCAAAUAACAAUUGAUGAUUCAUUACCAUUAGCAUGUCGACCACAAUUACUUCAACCAAUAUAUAGAAAAGAAGAUUUAUUUGGAAGAUUUCUUUAUGAUCAAACAGCUGAAAAAUAUUCACAUUUACCAUCACAACUUAGUUUAUCUAAUCGAGAAUAUUCAAUACCAAAUUUUUUACAACCAAACUAUUUAAAUUUAUUUAAUCAAACAACACAAGAAAAUAUUCAAGAUAAAACAAAUAUUAAAACACGAGAUGAUGAUCGUAUGGCUGUUGAUGUAUUACUUGAUUUAAGUGCUGGUCUUGUACCAUCUAAUAAGUCUCAAAAACGACAAUCAAUAUCACAUUCAAUCCUAUUAAAUGGUUCAUAUGAAUAUUUAUUAGCACGAUGGAGAUUUUCAAUAGAAUUAUUUGUUAAAUUAUUUUUGGAUGAUGUUGGUAAUGAACCUGGUUCAAUAAUAAAUGAAUCAAGUGGAUUUUCUGCUCGUGAACAACGUUUUCGUCAUGAUAUGGAAAGAAUUAAAAAUACCCAUCAAAAAGAUAUUCGUUUUGAAGCGAUGGAACGUGAUCGUAUAUCAUUAAUACAAAAAACAUUUCGAACACUUAAUUCAUAUUAUUAUCGUAAUCAAAAUAUAAAUUCAUCAUCAUCAUCUAUACCACCAUUAGCUGUACAACGUGUUAAAGUUACAUUUAAAGAUGAACCUGGAGAAGGAACUGGUGUUGCAAGAAGUUUUUAUGCAUCAAUUGUUGAAGCUAUUUUAUCUGAAGAAAAAUUACCUACACUUGACUUAGGUACAUAUAAUGUAUCAUCAUCCGCUCAAACUCUAUCCGGUUCUUUAUCAUCUUCACAAUCUCAACAACAACGUUUAACACGUGAACGACGUACAGCAUUAGCAACAUAUUUACGUAGUGAUCGACGUUCAUCAUCUAUGCUUCUUUCAGCUGAUGCACGUCCAUUUAAAUUAAAUUUAUCAUCAUCAUCAACAGAUUCAACAACAACAACAACAAUUAAUUCUGAUUCAUCUAUAAUUGAACAUUGGACACCAAUUAAAAUAAAAUUAGGUCUUAGUAUUUAUCCAAAAGUUGCAGCUAUUCAACCAAUUCAUGUUGAAAAAAUAACUGGAAUGUUAUUAGAAGGUUUACCAACAUCACAAUUACAACGUAUAAUUAAUAUUGAUGAAGAUUUAAGAAAUAAAAUUGAUGAAGCUAUGAAUAUUUUAACAACAUCAAAUAUACGUGAUAUACAACAAAAUGAGACAUUAAUAACAAAUGAACGUUUAUUAAAUAAUAAUAAUAAUAAUAAUAAUAAUAAGAUUUUAAUAUUAGAUAAACAAUUAAAUGAAUAUGCACCUUUAUUUUGGCAACCAGAUAAAAAAGGUGUUUAUGCACCAAGACCAGGAAAAUAUACUUCGGAACGUUUAAGUGCUUAUCGAAAUGUUGGAAGAUUAAUUGGUUUAUGUUUAUUACAAAAUGAACUUUUACCAUUACCAUUAUGUCGUCAUGUAAUAAAAUAUAUAUUAAAUCGACCUAUACGUUGGCAUGAUUUAGCUUUUUUUGAUUCUACUAUGUAUGAAAAUUUACGUCGAACUGCAUAUGAUGCAGAAAAAAAUGGACCAGAUUAUAUUAAUGAUUUACAUUUAACAUUUUCAAUGAAUGUUACUGAAAAAGAGGGUGGUGAAACUUAUGAUUUAAUACCGAAUGGUUCAUCAAAAGAUGUAACAUAUUCUAAUCUAUAUGAAUUUAUAAAACGUUAUGCUCAAUUUCGAAUGAUUCAUCUUGUUGAACAAUCUCUUCAGCAUUUACGUUUGGGUGUAUUUGAUGUUCUACCAUCAACAUCACUUGAUUAUUUAAGUCCUGAAGAUUUUCGUUUACUUCUUAAUGGUACAAGUAAUAUAAAUAUAACAACAUUAAUGACAUAUACAACAUUUAAUGAUGAAAGUGGUGAAAUCAAUGAACGUAUAAAUCAAUUUAAAAAAUGGUUUUGGUCUGUCUUAGAAAAAUUUAAUCCUAUUGAAAGACAAGAUUUAGUCUAUUUUUGGACUGGUAGCCCUGCAUUACCAGCAUCAGAAGGUGGAUUUCAACCUCAACCAUCUGUUACCAUUCGACCAGCUGAUGAUCAACAUUUACCAACAGCAAAUACAUGUAUUAGUCGUCUAUAUGUUCCAUUAUAUUCAUCAAAAACAAUUUUAAAAUUAAAAUUACAGUAUGCUAUUAAAACAAAAAUAUUCGGUUUUGUAUAA